AUGACAUUGGAUAGCCCCGACCUAGCUGGAUCGCAGCCUCAUUCCUCACCUGUGCAGCCGCCUCCACAACCAAUUACACAAAAUGUUCCCAAGCGAAAACCCGUUCCAGGUACCGAAUCUGAGCCACAUACCGUUGCAGCGACAAGCAACGCCGAACCAGCUGUACAGACAGACAACCAAAUCGCCGAUCAAGAGAAAGGCCCUACUGUCGAAUGGCAGUCGCAGAAUACCAGCAAUGGGAGCCAGAGAGAACUGCAUAGGAAAUUCGCAUUCACAUUCCCUUCAAUCUCGCUGGCCGCCUUAGAUAACCUACGCCUGGGCCCGUUAGACAAGCAUCUUCCCUAUGAAAGGCGCAAACGCCGUCGUGUUAUCGCAGGGAUAAUGGCUGGCAUUAUCAUUGCAUUAUUAGCGCUUAUAGUCGGGCUUGCAGCUGGACUGACGGUCGGUAAAGAUAAAACCCAAAACUUGCCUCUUCCCACAUCGAAUGGCGGCCCUUAUGCCGGCGACCUCACAUACUAUGCGCCUGCUCUAGGUGCAUGCGGUGCCACAUCCUCUUCUUCGGACAGUAUCUGUGCCGUCUCCCACAUCAUAUUCGACGCUGCACAAAAAGGAUCUAAUCCUAACGCCAAUCCGCUAUGUGGCCUAAAGAUUCGGCUUCGACGGAACGAUGAGAGCGUUGAUGUCACUGUCGUCGAUCGAUGUGUCGGCUGCAAAGCCACGGAUAUUGAUACCACGACCACAGUGUUUGGCAAGUUGGCUGAAAUCGAUCAAGGGCGCGUCUCGGUUGAGUGGGCUUGGUUGGAGAGUUCGCCCGUGAACAUGACGAGCUCGUGA